AGCAUCCGCCCACAAAAGCCACAGCAAUUUUAGAGUGCCUCAAAUGCAAUUGUGCAUCAAAAAAGUGAACAAUUGGAAAUUCGGGAAAUGUCGUGAGUGAAUUCCGCACACAAAAACCUCCGGGGGAGAGAAAAACGGAGCGGCCCGCGCGUGAUGGUUUGGCAUUCAUAGAUAUUUAAAUGAAAGUGGGUGGGCCUUCGCGCAGACGGAGCUCUCUGACAGACCUGCGCUUAUAUCCGCGGAGGAAUAUUAUUUAAUUCCGGCUCUAACAGCGCAGAUAGGCCCGGGUUGAACGCGUAAGGGACCGCCGCCGUUCGACGCGAGACGCUCGGACUCGCUUAGCAUUUUGAGCUCCGUUAUUGAAGGGUGUUUUUGCAUUGGCACCGCCCUUCCUGACGGGGUGGGUCCGUGCGUCAGAGCUGCGCCACAGUCUGCGGCCGCUGGAGAAAAUAGGCCGUCCUUCUGCUGGGCUGUUGCCUGCCUUCUGCCUGCCUGCCUUUUUUCUCUUAAACAACUCCUCUCCGGGUUUCAUUAAUGCGGAAUGAGUGAUCAAAAGAAGGAAGCCAUGGCCACAGAUGGGGGGAAAGCCAGCGGAGGUGAAGUUGGUACGAAAAGGAAAAGUUCUGGAUCGCAGGAUGCACAGCCGUCUCCUCUCGCAUUGCUGGCAGCGACGUGCAGUAAAAUAGGCGGUGUUGGCAGUGAGGGUCAGACAGCCACGCAGCAGCAGAUAAUAAUCGACCCCAACCAAGGUCUGCUUCAGCUCCAGAACCCGACGCAGCAGCUCGAGCUGGUUCCCGCGCAGCUGACGGGAAACGGCUGGCAGAUCAUAGCCACUUCCCCUGCCGCUGCAACCAAGGACAGCGUUCAGCAGCCGGCGGCCAAUGAGAGCACAGCGGGACGAAAGGUCAAGGCGGCGGGUUCGAAUAAUGCACCUGGCUCACAGCAGCAGCAGCAACAGCAGCAGUUUCAAAUCAUCCAGGUGCAGAAUCUGCCGAACUCGUCGGGCGGGAUUCAGUAUCAAGUCAUCCCGCACCUUCAGACCGCCGACGGACAGCAGAUCCAAAUCAGCCCUAGUAACCCCACGGCCUUAAGUGUCCAGCCCGAACAGAUCCAGCUCAUUCCCGCCGGAAACAACCAAGCCAUUCUGGCCACGCCCCAAAGGGCGGGAUCAACCGGCAUCGUCACGCAAAACCAGACGAUUCCGCUUCAAAUCAGGCCGUCGUUUCCUUUGCAGCUGCAAACUAUUCAAGGUACGCAAGCGCCUAUGGUGACGACGCUACCUAUUAACCUCGGCGGCGUGACUUUGGCGUUGCCAGUCAUCAAUAACGUUACAACAACAGGGGGCGGAGCUUCAGUUCAACUCAUCCAAUCGAGCGAUGGAAGCAUUUCAAACGGAAACCAAGCGAGCACAACGGAAUCCAUGUGCGCGACGGCCAGCGACACGAUCGCAGAUGCUACGACGUUAUCUACUGGAGCUGAAAGCCAGAAAGACAGUCAAGCGGGCGAGUCGGACGCCCAGAAUCUCGCCCAAUCCAACGGCCUCCAAUCUGCAUCCGAGCAGCCCGGCCAAAUCCAGCAGUUCCAAAUCGUUGGGCAUCCGGUUCUCCAACAGAUCCAGAUCCAGUCGCCCCAACAGCAAGUAGUCCAGGGCUCCAUACAGACUUUGCAACCGGUGCAGCAGAACCUCCAGCUGCAGGCCUUCCAGAACCCCACGCAGGUUCUGAUCCGGACGCCCACGCUCACCCCGUCGGGUCAGAUCAGCUGGCAGACGGUGCAGGUGCAGAACGCCGGCAUGCCCCAGCAGCUGACGCUUGCACCCAUGGCGUCCAGCUCGAGCGGAGGCACGUUCACACAGAUCGCCCCGCUGACGCUCGGCGGGUCGCCCAUCACGCUCAGCGCCGCCCAGCUGCCUUCUGGGACCGGGGUGCAGACGGUGAACAUCGCGGGGCUCGGGGCGGCUGGAGUGCAGGUGCAAGGCGUUCCGCUCACCAUCACCGGCGUGCAAGGUCAGCAGCAGGGUCAAGAGGGGGUCAAAGUUCAGUCCGCCCCGGUGACAGUGACCGUUGGCAACAUCAGCAGCACAACCCUGAACACAGUGAGUCCAGACCAGAUGGGGCAGGUCCAGAGCCCUUCGGACCAGGAGGGUCAGCCCAGCAAGAGGCUGCGCAGGGUGGCCUGCUCCUGCCCCAACUGCAGGGACGGAGAGGGGAGAAAUAACAGUGACCCGUCAAAGAAGAAGCAGCACGUGUGUCACAUGGAGGGCUGUGGGAAAGUUUACGGCAAGACGUCUCACCUGAGGGCUCACCUGCGCUGGCACACGGGAGAGAGGCCGUUCGUCUGCAACUGGAUCUUCUGCGGGAAACGCUUCACCAGGAGCGAUGAGCUUCAGCGGCAUCGCAGGACGCAUACAGGUGAGAAGAGGUUCGAGUGUCCGGAAUGUUCCAAGAGGUUCAUGCGGAGUGACCACCUGUCAAAGCACAUCAAAACCCACCAGAACAAAAAAGGUGGGGCGGCACUUACCAUCAUCACCACAGAUGAGAUGGAGGAGGAGGUGGACGAGGUGCUGGGCUCGCCGAGGAUCGUCACUGUGGCGUCGCUCUCGCAGGAUUCAAACCCGGCCACGCCCACCACUUCAAACAAUUUAGAGGAGGAGUUUGAGUAGUUUUCCCUCCAAAAAUAAUCAGCUGAAAGCACCACGAUAUUGUUUGUCGGUUUGUUUAUAGGUUGAUUUGUUUAUGUUCUUCAUUCUUUUCUAUCGAUGGACAGCUGUUUGAGCGCACUCGAUUUUUCAUAUGGAAAUUUACUACUAUCAAAUAUUAUGACAAAGAAUAAUCUAAUGGAAAUAUGGAAUCGUAUGAGUUGUUAAGAGACAAGUUGAACGAUGGCGUUUGUUUUGUUACAAGUAGCACAAGAAGUACUGAAGUUCCCAGAUGCUCCUGAAGAUGCCGCUAUGCACAAAUAUAAUAUAUAUAUAUAUAUGUUUUCAAAGUGGUUUCUAUGGAAAGUCGUUUCCGCCACAAGAUAAAAAAAUUAAAAAGUAAUUAUAAUUUUUUUUCUCACAAUUCUGACUUUUCUCGUAAUUCUGUUUUUAUUUUGCAGUUCUGACAUUUCCUAGGAAUUCUGAGUUUAAAUCUCACAAUUCUAACUUUUUCUCACAAUUCUGUUUUUAUUUUGCAAUUCUGAGUUUUUCCUUUGAAUUCAAAGUUAAUAUCUCGCAAUUCUCACUUUUCUUAUAAUUUCUACAUUUAUUUUAUAUUUCGCAAGUUUUACUUUUUUCUCACAAUUCUGAUUUUAUAUCUCACAAUUCUGCCAUUUUUCCUUUGAAUUCCGAGUUUCCUUUUGCAAUUGUGUUUUUUUUUUUUUUUCUGCCAUGGAAUAAAAAUAUAAUUUUUGCAAGAUUCAGACUUUUUUUCUCACAAAUUGUGACUUUUAUUCUUUGAAUUCUGAGUUUAUAUAUCGCAAUUCUGCGCUUUUUUUGUAUCUCAACUUUUUCUCCGCCAUGGAAUAAAAAAUAAAAAAUGCGACUUUUUAUCUCGCAGUUCAGACUUUUUCUUAGAAUUGCGAGUUUAUAUCUCACAAUUCUGACUUUUUCCGCAAUAAUACAUUAUAUCUUUGAAUCCUAGACUUUUUUUUUUACAAGUGCAAGAAAAAAAAUCUGAAUUGUGAUAUAAACUCAGAAUUGCGAGAUACAAUGUAGAAUUGCGAAAAAGGUCUGAAUUGUGUUAAAAACGUGAAAUUGCGAGGAAAGGCAAUCUGAAUUGUUCUAUAAAAAUUCGCAAUUAAUUAAAAAAACAAAUCUGUGGCGGAAACAAGCUUCCGUAGGUUUCGGAUUGAACAUGCAGUCGGGGAUGAGAAUCUCGGAGCUUCACGCGAUGGUCUGGUUUUGCGUACGAUCAAGCUAGAAAGAUGAGCACCUAACAGAUCUUUAGUACACGAUUAGAGUCGCAGCACAAGCUAGAAAGCGACGCCGUCUGUGAUUGGAGCGUGUCGCGAAGCGUCAGCCAAUCACGGCCUCGCGUACAGGCAUAUAUAAUAAUAUAAUUCAGGCAUAUAUAAUAAUAUAAUCGACGAUUCAGCAGUCAAACUUUUAUGUAGGAGAAACGAGAUUAUAGAGACGGGCUAUUUAAAGAAAAGCACAUUAGAUUUACAAAUAAUGCAUUCCAGUUACGAUUACUUUAGAAAAAAAAAAAAGUAAACGAGAAAGAAAACAAUCUAGCUUUCCAAGACAUGUUAUGUUAAACGAAAGCAAUACUAUAAAGACAAUCUUUACCAUGUUUACAUUACCGAGGGGUAGAAAAGGUUUAAGAAAAACACCUAGAGAAGUUCUCUCUGAUCUCAAGUCAUAUAAACUGUACUCUGAUGCCUUAACAAACACUGCAGUACCACUACGUUACGGCUGGGCAGGGGAACGUGGGGCUUCGACUGUGUUUUCAGAAAUAUUCGUGUGCAGUAGCGCCCAGGUGACCGCAUUUAGCUUUUUAUAUACGAUGGUGAACACUGUGGGAGCGAGCGACGAUCCGCUCCAGCCCUUGUGAAGAUCCCCCGACCUGCGUCGAAGUGUCCUCCCGUCGCCCGUUGACUUUCUUGCGCUCUCCAAAGAGAUUCGACCCACCGACUCCCUCCAAACGAUCCCUCUGGACCGGUCAUGGCGGGGCGGGAAACGUACCCUGAAGCCACUUCGAUGAGUUUGAUGUUGAGAAAUCUGUGGCGUGGCGUUCUUAUUCGUGACUUUCGUUUGGUUUCGUUUCAUUUCGAGCCCGUUUUUCGUUCCCACACAGCACGAUGCCGCCUAUGUGUAUGCGCGCGUGUCUAAUUUAUUAUUUAUCCUUCUAUUAGUAUUUGCUAAUGUGUAUUGUGCGCUAUUGAUGCAGAGAUGACGUGCUGCAUGGUUCAUUUCCGCUAACGAUCUCUAUUUAGUAACGUUAUUUCUAAACGUGGUCCUUUUAGAAGUAAAACCAUGGCUUUUAAUUUAUCUGACGUUUCGCACCAUGACGUGUUUCAAAUGGAGAAAAAAAAAGUUUAAAAAGAAAUGGUUGAUACCAAACAAUUAUAAAUAGAUGUUUUUUGGUAAUAUUUUCUGUGGCGAGCGAUUUUCUUUAAUAUUUUCUAGUGACACCUCAUUUGUAAAUCAUUUUUCUAAGAUGUUCCUUUGUCCUCAUGGCAUUUGAUAAUGGGUUUUUUGCCAGGUUAGCCUGAAAGGCUGCAGUUUAUUGAUAUUUUUAAAAUAACUUUGUACAAACGUGUUAUGUUAAUGGGUAAAAAACAAAAAAGAGGAAAAAGAAAAAACUUUGCCUGCAUAACACUUGAAAUUAAAGUGAGUAAUUCUGUCUUAAAUA